UGCCAUAAUAGUGUCAAAGAAGAGGUGUUUUGGAGGAACUACUUCUAUCGGGUGUCGCUUAUCAAACAGUCGACACAACUGUCCGCUUUCGAUAAGAAAGGCAACACUUCGUGGUCUUCCUCUCGUUCCUCGUCAGCCGAGGGUCCCGACGAACCCGGCGAUGACCAAAGUCCGACCGGUGCUGAACCUGAGUUCAUAUCCGACGCCUACCAGGGCUCGCAGGUGUCGGCCGAGGAGGUACGCAAAGGGAUGAGACAGUUGGGUGUCCGCAAGGAUAGCAAUAAAGCAACUGAUGACCUGGAAGAGGAGCUCUCGCGAGACCUGCAGGAGUUCGAAGUGGUGGGCGGGGAUGCCGUCAACAUCGAUGAGGAGGAACUGGAGAGAGAGCUCGCCGAAAUGGAUAUCAAAUAACUUUGUUUCAAACUUUUCGUAUUUAAUGAUAAAAAGUGUAUCAUUUUAGGCUAUAAUCAAAUCUAUUUGAAAUGAUAACCAAUUUGACAACUAAAACAAACAUACAUUGAAACGAGUUUUAUUUAUUUUAGUAGUUUUUUGGGCCAUUAUUUGAUUGAUAGAGAAAAUUCAGAUUCAAAUCUAAGUCUAAGUCAUUCCAAUAGAUAUGUAAUUAAAAAACUAUUAGAAAGUAUUUUCUAUUAAAAAGCAUAGUAAUGGUUCACAGUAUAAACAAUGAAACUAAUUAUUAUUGAUUUAACAAGUGUUAUUAAAUUAGGCAACAAAAAUAAAUAUAUAUUUAAAUUCACUUUACAUUUAGAGUAAGUGUUCAGAUAUAUGCAGUAAAAACAUUCAAUUAUUAAUAAUGUUAUAAUUCCUGCCAUUCAUUACAACAAAAACCUUAUAAAAAUAUAGUUAUAAAUAAAUUAAAAAUAAUACUAAUGCGAAGAAAUGAGUUAAAAAUGUUUAGAUUAUAAAAUAGUUAUAAUUUUAUUCACUGUAUGUAACGAAACAAAUGCUAUAGUUUUCUCUUUGGCUCAAAACAUAUCUAUUUAUUUGUAAAGAAUUUUUUCGUAUUUUUUUCAAUUGAUGUGCAAAACGAGUGAAUCAAAAAGUGUAGCAAUUGAGAGAAAUUGCUUUUUAUUGUAUUAAAAUUGCUUCACUAAACAGACGGUGUUAUUAGAGAGGGGAAUGGGAUAUAUCUUAUGGUUCUGAACGCACAUCACAUUCAUUAUUAAUAUAGUACUGUAUAACAUUAAGACUACAUUUUAAGUUUAUAUUACUUUAUAUAUCAUAUGAGAAAAUGAUUAAAAAUUAAUGUCUAACUACAAAAAAUAUCAAUAUAAUUGUAAGUACAGUAAACUAUCAAAACAUGUAAGUAACACACC